ACCAAGUAGAACGUGGAGUCAAAAACCGGGACUGGCUUCCUUGUCUAGCAGCUAUAGUUAAAACUCGCUUUGCCCAUCAAGAGAUGAAAUGCUCCACUUUGGUAAUUUUACAGAAAACAGACUUCGUUUUGCUCCGAGGUCUUUGUUUAUAGAGAAAGUAGAAGUUCCGCCAUGCCUGGCUUCACCAAGGUCAACGGUGUUACUAGUGAUGGUGGUGCUCCUCCGGACUUCCCCGCCAAGCUCACCAAGCAGGUCGUUGUUUGUACCAUAAUUGCAGCCGUUGGUGGUUUCAUGUUUGGCUAUGAUCUUGGCAUCUCCGGAGGAGUAACUUCAAUGGAUAGUUUCUUGAUGAAGUUCUUCCCUACUGUUUAUGUCAAGAAACACCAAGCCAAGGCAAACAACUACUGCAAAUACAGUAACCAAUAUCUCCAGCUUUUCACAUCUUCCCUCUAUCUUGCAGCCAUUGUGGCUAGCUUUUUUGCAUCCCUAAUUAGCAAGAAAUAUGGCCGGAAACCCACCAUCCAAGUUGCUUCUAUCUUCUUUUUUGCUGGAGCUAUAUUGAAUGCUGCUGCUCAGAACCUUGCCAUGUUAAUCGCUGGAAGGAUGCUUCUGGGUGCCGGAGUCGGAUUUGGUAACCAGGCAGUUCCAUUGUUCAUAUCCGAAAUUGCACCUCCGAGGUAUAGAGGGGGCCUUAACAUUUGUUUCCAGUUGCUGAUCACGUUUGGCAUUCUGAGUGCUAAUAUCAUUAAUUAUUUUACUUCAAAGCUGCACCCACAUGGUUGGAGGAUAUCUCUGGGUGGUGCUGCAGUGCCUGCUAUAGUUCUUCUAAUUGGUUCUAUUAUCAUUGUGGAGACCCCAACCAGCCUUAUUGAUCGAGGGAGAAAAGAAAAAGGCUUGUCUACUCUGAAGAAGAUCAGAGGUGUUGAUGAUGUUGGUAAAGAGUAUGCAGAAAUUCUUAGUGCUGUUGGAUUGGCUAAACAAUAUAAACACCCUUACAGGAACCUUGUGAGUCUGUACAAUAGGCCUCAGCUCAUUUGUGGCUCACUGCUUCAGUUCUUCCAGCAAUUCACAGGCAUUACUGCUGUCAUGUUUUAUGCCCCUGUGCUCUUUCUAACUAUGGGGUUCGGUGAUAAUGCGUCCCUAUUUGCAGCUGUUAUGGCCAAUAUUGUGAAACCAAUAGGCACAGUGGUGGCAAUUUUAGUUGUGGAUAGAGUUGGAAGAAGGGUAUUGCUUGUUGAAGCUGCCAUUCAAAUGCUCAUUUCUCAGUGUGCCAUUGGGGGAAUUCUUGCAGUGCACUUGAAAACCACAAAUGUCGUGCCAAAACAUUAUUGUGUAGCUGUGAUCUUUUUUAUAUGUGUGUUCUUGGCCGGUUUUGCAUGGUCAUGGGGUCCCCUUGGCUGGUUAAUUCCUAGUGAAACGUUCCCACUGGAGACUCGAAGUUCUGCUUUGUUUAUUACCGUUAGCAUGAACAUGUUCUUUACAUUCAUAAUUGCCCAAUCAUUUCUCACAAUGCUAUGCACUAUGCGAUCUGGGAUUUUCUUCUUCUUCGCAUUCUGGCUCGUUGUCAUGGGCCUUUUUGCCAUUUUCCUGCUCCCUGAGACGAAAGGAAUCCCAAUUGAUGAAAUGAUUGAUAGAGUAUGGAAGAAGCAUUGGUUUUGGAAGAGGUACUACAAGGAUUAUGAUGCUCGAAAGGGACAGCAGGAACUCCAAGAUAAACCACUGGGAAAUUGUAAGUGAUCAAAUUGUAGAUGGCUUACAGUUUCAAUUUAUCAUUUCUAUUUCUUUUGGAUAAAGUGUAUGUUGUCUGGUUUUCACGGUUGUUCAAAGGAUUCCUAAUUCCUUCGUCAGUUUCCAAGUACCUUCCUCUCUUCUACUUGUUGAACUCUAAGCAACCAAAUAUGAGAUAUCGGCGUGAUGGAUCAAUGGCAGUGGAUCACCAAAGUAAAACACCGCCUAUUUUCAUUUUUUACGCAAA